UCAAAAGAAACACGGGCCUUAAAAACAGUAGUUGGCCCAGUUCCGGUCCUUGACCCUUGUCUGGGUUCUUCCGCCUUCUUCCUUGAUUUUCAUCAAGAAGGGGGCCAGAGAGGAUUGAUCACUACAUGCCAAGCCUGUGCAGUGAUUUCCAUGGCUGCACCUACUUUUGGAGCUUCCACUGUCAAAAUUUCCAACUUUAAUUUGGGAUUUGAGAGAACCAAAUUAGGUACAUCACAAGCAUUGCAUGGCCUUAGAACUCGAAGGCCUCUACAAUAUCAGAGUUUAGUAAUAUCGAAGCAGUUGGGGAAAGCUUUAAUUGGAUGUAGAUGUUCUUCUAAAUCCGAAUCUGUUACAAAUUUGGAAGAUGGUUCUGAAGAAGUGAAAUCUUCUGGUUCAACAAGCCAACUCAUUCCGACGUCAUAUGAGGUGGAAUUUCUUGUCACUCAAAUGUGUGAUACAACUUCAAUUGCAGAGCUUGAACUGAAGCUCGAUGGAUUUCGGUUAUUUGUAUCAAGGGACCUAACGGGAAAAAGUAUACCUGCAUCACCACCAAUUUCUACUCCUGUCAGUGUGAGUGCAACUGUCGAGGCACCUCAUGUAAAUGGUUCUGUCUCUCCACCAUCUUUAGCCAUCUCCAAACUACUGUCUUCUUCAAGCAGGGUUCAAACGUUGCUUGAUAAAGCUGCAGAUGAAGGAUUGGUGAUAAUUCAGUCUCCAAGGGUUGGAUAUUUUAGGAGGUCUCGAACCAUAAAGGGGAAGCGUGCACCUCUAUCAUGUAAAGAGAAGCAAGCAGUGAAGGAGGGCCAAGUGCUUUGCUACAUUGAACAGCUUGGUGGGGAGAUCCCGGUUGAGUCUGACGUAUCUGGAGAGGUUAUCAAGAUUCUACUAGAGGAUGGUGAUCCUGUUGGCUAUGGUGAUGCUGUUAUUACAAUCCUUCCUUCUUUUCCUGGGAUAAAAAAGCUACAGUAGAUGGUUUUGUUUUUGACAUUACAUUUUUUUUCCCGGUUUAAAAAAUUUAGUCUUUUGAGCAAAACUUUUUGAUGUCUUUACAAGAAUUGGAAGGUGUUGAUCACUUGGCAUGUAGAUUAAUUUAUUGCUUUGUUUUAUUCUAACUUAUUAUCUUGAAGCCUCGGAGAGAAAAUCUUGGUAAAA